AUGAAGCAACGUCCACAGAAGCUCUCCACUCGUCAUCCACCCUACCUUCGGGCAGUUCUCGACCCUGGUCGCCGGAUCGGGGUCGGACGCCCGCGCUGGCGCUCUCGACGGGAACAGAGAUACAUCAGCAUCCACAUCCUCUGCAUACCCAGCGCAAAUUUCUUCAGGUACAUGUGCUAUCUUGAGACGAAUCCACACAAAUGGCAGGAGUGUCAGGCCCUAUGCAAAAAACACCACCUCAACGUCAAGUCACCACGUCCAAAAUGCUCGGUCGCACCAGAGACAUACUUCGCCGCGCUGCCUUCGCUCUGGGCCUAUGUCAAGGACAUGUACGCACUCACCCUGGCGGUGCUCAACUUCACGAACACUCUCGGACACCUGCUGGAACGGCAUGAAGAUGGGAUACGUCAGGACAAGUUAGACCAGGCCAUGGAGAUGUACGGGGACGCCUGGGUGUCGCUCUGGCCCAAGGUACUGCUCGGCUUCAGGACCCCAGAGGAAUUUUUCAAGACUGCAACAAUAGAGAAAUAUUCGGAUGUCGUACGCAGGCUUGCGGCGGCGGAGGCCCAAGUUACGCUGUUUCUGGCGCGCCUGUCAACGGUCGAGUUGUGCGUGUGGACGGCGGAAGAGGGGCUCUUGCGGUCCCUGGCUACCGUGGAAGACUUCAUGGGAGAUGAAGACGAAGCAGAGGGACGUCCCAACGGGCCAUGGUACUCCAGAUUCCAGGUCUAUCACCGCUGGACGCUCCAGACCCGCGCAGCAUGCAGGGAUAGGCUGUUUAGGGAGAUCGACAAAUUGUCCACCCCGAGACUGCGGGCCUUGGACUACCGCAGGGACUUUUUCUGCUCACUGCUGGAAGAAGAGCCUGUGGCUGGGCUGGGCAUUUUUUCGACCUCGACACCCGGCCUCUCAAGAUUCGCCGAUAAUCUUUCCUUCCGCGUCCUCGCCCAACCGCCCGUCGACCGCGAGAACACCAUGUGUCCGAUUUGUCAGGAGAAGCUGAGCGUUGAUCCAACAGCGACGACGGGUGAGCAAGCAAAGAAACAACUGCUGAUCUACACGCACAAAUGCUGCAACCGGCCCUACCACGUCUGCUGCCUCCUGCAGUGGCUCGAUCAGCAUCAAGACCCAUCGUACAUGACGGGAUCGUGCCCGACUUGUCGACACUAUUUGGGUUACGACUUCGCGAAGGACCUUUUGGAGAGACGCAUCGUGGAGCUUGGAACAUUGUAA